AUGAGUUACUCCGCGAUGAAGGGCAAUUCCCGUUUGCUCUCAGAAGAUUCGGCUGAUGUUCCCAUCAUCAGCCUCCUUGAUGUGACACGAUUUGAACCCAGAAAGCUGGAGAAACGAUGGCUGAAUAUCUGCGACACGGCAUUGGGGCCUGUCAACUUACCCAUCUUCGCGUACCGUGGGCGUCUUCCUGGGCCCACAGUGGGCAUUACGGGCGCCGUCCACGGAAAUGAAGUGAAUUGCAUCCCUGUUAUUCAGCAAUUCUUUGCGCGGUUGGAACAACAGCAUGAUAAAGAUCAAUCAACGUCAUUUGCAGGCACAAUUAUCGGCGUUCCUGUGUUGAACGUGCCGGGUUUUUUGGAUUCUGUGCGCUCAUUUGACGGCCAGGACCUGAAUAGACUGAUGCCUGGGAAUCCCCUUGGGACAGCUUCGCAGCAAUAUGCAAACCGCAUCUUCCAAGAGGUGGUGGUGCGGAUGGACUACCUCUUCGACCUCCACACAGCAUCUGCAGGCAGGCAGAACUCAUUGUACGUUCGUGCAGAUAUGAAGAACCCUGAGAUAAACCGCAUAGCGGGCACUUUGGGCCUUCAGAUUAUUGUGCAUAAUUCCAGCCCUGGAGGGUCCCUUCGCGGAUGCGCCCAAAGAAAAGGCAUCAAAGCUGUGACAAUCGAGAUUGGGAAUCCUAGCACUUUUCAGCAAGACCUGAUUGAAAGAACAAUUGAUGGCAUCUGCUCCGUCCUUACAACUCAGCUUGGCUAUCCUCGUCUUCAGCAAAAUGAUACCAAGCAACAUCAGGCCCCGAUCAUCUGCUGUCGAAGUUACUGGAUAUUCUCACAGACUGCGGGUAUACUCCAAGUUUGCAAGAGAGUAGGCGAUAUUGUUGGCAAAGGUGAAGUCGUCGCAGAGAUUCACUCGGUUUUUGGAACACUGUUGCAGAGUUUCACAGGGCCAGACAACUACAGUACAGUCGUUGUCGGGCUGGAGUCUAAUCCAGUGGCCAAACUGGGAAAUCGAAUUGUUCAUCUCGGAGUGAUCGGCAACGAGUUCCUAGACGAUGCGCACGACGGGCAUCUUUGA